AUGGCUCCCCCGACCGCCGGCGUGACGAAGCGGAGGGCCCGCACAUUCGUGCGCACCCGCGUCGUCACCCAACCUAUCGCCGCCGACACUCCACCGCCUCCACCGCGCCUCAACAGUGCAGGCGUGCGACUGGCCUCGUUCCCGCUGCCCAUGCCUCGACUCCCGAGAGCAGGGCCCGCGGAGAAGAGGACCGUGACGCCGCCACAGCGGCCACCAACGAAACCCGGCGUGAGAACCACUCCGCCCGUCGCACUCUCCAUGCCCUUACUGGACAUGGAGACAACGCCGCCGCGCUCGUUCGCAAGCAACAACCCGUUCUCGCCACUGUUCGAGUCGGAGAAGACGCCGCCGCGCUCAUAUGCGGCCGUCCUAAACACAAAUCCGGACUCGCCACCGCACGCGCCCCCGCGUCCGUCCCCCCGGACGAUGCCCACGCCUUCACCGAAGCCUGUCCAACUGCAACCGCCGCUCGCCCCAGCGAGCAAGAAGAUACCGCCCAUCGUGGUGGACCAGCUGCCCGACUGGCCGCACCACUUCCGCAAGCUCGCUACCUUGCCGGCCUGGAAAAAGCGACGGGACUCUCCUGGUUCGCCUACGCCCCCCCGGCGGAACGCGCCCUGA